AUGGCGGCGCUACCUGAGGAGCCGGCGGAGGUGGCGGCCGUGAAGCCGGACCCGGAGGCGGGGACGCCGCCGCAGCCCCCUGCGGCUCCGCCGGCGGCCGCCGCCGCUCCCGCCGCCCCCCCGGCCGCGGCGGCGGCGGAGGGGGAGGCGGCGGCGGGGAGCGGGGGGGAGGCGGCGCCCCCUAAGCCGGCGGCGCCGGGCCCGGCCGCCUCGCCGGCGGCGCUGGACCGGCAGACGCUGGCGGCCGUGCUGCAGUUCCUGCGGCGCAGCAACCUCCGCGAGUCCGAGGAGAUCCUGCGCCGCGAAGCCCGCCUGCUCGGCGACGACCUCGGCGGCGGCGCCCUCAGCCCCGCCGGCGCCGCGCUCCUGGGGGCCGCGGGCGGAGACGCGGACGGCGCCGCGGGCGGCGAGGCGCUGCUCGGCCGGGUCACCGCCGCCGCCAUCGCUGUCGGAGGCAGCGGCGCCCCCGGCGCCUCCUCCAGCCCCGGAGCGGCGGCGGCGGCGGCCGUGCCGCCGGGGAAAGUUGGAGGAGGUGUUGUUGUGGAAGACCAGCCAGAUGUGAGUGCAGUAUUAUCUGCCUACAAUCAGCAGGGGGACCCCACACUGUACGAGGAAUACUACAGUGGAUUAAAACACUUCAUUGAGUGUUCCCUGGACUGUCAUCGAGCCGAAUUGUCCCAGCUAUUUUAUCCUCUCUUUGUGCACAUGUAUUUGGAAUUGGUUUACAAUCAACAUGAGAGUGAAGCAAAGUCUUUCUUUGAACGGUUUCAUGGAGAUCAGGAGUGUUAUUACCAGGAUGACUUGCGUGUAUUAUCUAGCUUAACCAAAAAAGAACAUAUGAAAGGUAAUGAGACUAUGCUGGAUUUCCGAACAAGCAAAUUUGUGCUGCGUAUUUCCCGUGACUCUUAUCAACUCUUGAAGAGGCAUCUUCAGGAAAAGCAGAACAACCAGAUCUGGAACAUUGUUCAGGAACAUCUCUAUAUUGAUAUCUUUGAUGGAAUGCCUCGCAGUAAGCAACAGAUAGAUGCUAUGGUUGGAAGCCUGGCUGGGGAGGCAAAACGAGAGGCUAAUAAAGCAAAGGUUUUCUUUGGUUUACUUAAAGAACCAGAGUUUGAUGUGCCUUUGGAUGAUGAAGAUGAAGAAGGGGAAAAUGAAGAGGGAAAACCAAAGAAGAAAAAACCUAAAAGAGAUAGUGUAGGGUCAAAAAGUAAAAAACAAGACCCUAAUGCUCCUCCCCAAAACAGAAUUCCUCUGCCCGAACUGAAAGAUUCGGACAAGUUGGAUAAAAUAAUGAAUGUGAAGGAAGCUGCAAGGCGUGUGCGUCUUGGCCCAGACUGCUUGCCGUCCAUCUGUUUCUACACAUUUCUUAAUGCUUAUCAGGGUCUAACUGCAGUGGAUAUUACAGAUGACUCUAGCAUGAUUGUAGGAGGCUUUGCUGACUCUACUGUCAGAGUGUGGUCUGUGACUCCAAAAAAGCUACGUAGUGUGAAAACAGCAGCAGACCUCAGUCUCAUUGACAAAGAAUCAGACGAUGUCUUGGAGAGGAUCAUGGAUGAGAAAACUGCAAGUGAGUUGAAGAUUUUGUAUGGUCACAGUGGACCUGUCUAUGGCACCAGCUUCAGUCCUGAUAGAAACUAUCUCUUGUCCUGUUCUGAAGAUGGCACUGUCAGGUUAUGGAGUCUCCAAACAUUCACGUGUUUGGUGGGAUAUAAAGGACACAACUAUCCAGUAUGGGACACACAGUUUUCCCCUUAUGGAUAUUACUUUGUGUCAGGGGGACAUGAUAGAGUGGCUCGUCUCUGGGCAACAGAUCACUACCAGCCUUUACGAAUAUUUGCUGGCCAUCUUGCUGAUGUGACAUGUACCCGAUUUCAUCCCAACUCUAACUAUAUUGCUACGGGCUCAGCAGACAGGACUGUACGGCUCUGGGAUGUUUUGAAUGGGAACUGUGUAAGAAUAUUCACUGGACAUAAGGGACCAAUUCAUUCAUUGGCAUUUUCUCCCAACGGACGAUUUCUGGCUACUGGAGCAACAGACGGACGAGUUCUGCUCUGGGACAUUGGACAUGGCUUGAUGGUGGGAGAACUGAAAGGGCACACUGACACUAUCUAUGCGCUCAGAUUCAGUAGAGAUGGGGAGAUCUUAGCAUCAGGUUCCAUGGAUAACACAGUUCGGCUGUGGGAUGCUGUGAAAGCAUUUGAAGAUUUAGAAACUGAUGAUUUUACUACUGCCACUGGACAUAUAAACUUGCCUGAAAACUCACAGGACUUAUUACUAGGUACAUACAUGACCAAAUCAACCCCGGUUGUACACCUCCAUUUUACACGCAGAAACUUGCUGCUAGCUGCAGGAGCCUAUAGUUCACAGUAAAUUAUGAAGCUAUAAGACUGACUGUACCAAGUCAUUGCAGUAAUGACCUCAGGAUUUGAGACAAGGAGGAAUGUCUUGUACAGGUGGACCCCACUAGUUUGUUGCAGGAAAAACAAAACAAUGUAAACUAAUGCAAGCAGCAUCUUCUCAGUUCUGCAUUUCAUAUUUAUCCAUUAUUUGAAAAUACUAGAGAUUGACAAGACAUCAUGGCUUUUAAGGAAGGAAUUAUUUCAUGGUGCUUUUGAUAAAUAUAUAUAUAUAUGUAAAUGAAAAUGGCUGUCUCCUCUCAGAGAUGGUUUUGAGCUCUGCUGAAACUUUUGGAAAGUUAACAGCCUCACUAUGUGUUCUCAAACAAUUUUUUAAAGCACUUAAUUUAUGGUUGGCAAAUGUUUGCUCAAUCUCAAAUAUAGGUAAAAAUUGUUCAGAUACAUUCAGAAAAGAGCGUAGUGGAAUUCACCAUAGCCUGGGCUGGGCAACAGGUAUGGCGAGAGCAACACUGCAACAAAUAGGGCACUGAAAAAGUAGGCCCAACAGGCAGAGGCUUGUGGGGAGCUACAAAGAAGCUACAGGUAUAGCUUUUACGUAUCCAAGUACUAAGUCUCGAAAAGAUUUCAAGCUACUGUGCUCAUUUGAGGUAUUAGAAAUGCAGGUCUUGUCAUUCUGUUUUCAGAGGUAGCCUAAAUGUUUUAAGUGUGAUAUAUAACCAAAAGUGAAACCUGAACACUUUAUUGUAUGAAAAGAAAGGAUUGAGGCACAACUGAAAUACUUCACUCACUCUUAAAAACAGUGGACUUUGACAGUGGACUAUACCCUUUUGUGGUAUAUUAGAAAAGAUCUAAAGAGCUUUAAAAACCUGCUUGCUUUCUGCACAAGACUUAAUAUAUCAAACUGUAAACAUAGUGAAGAGCCAAGAAAGGGAAAGAUUGCAGUCCUAAGUGUAGGAUCAGUUUGCUUCUGAAGCUUUUCGAAGGUCAGCUUGUCUGCUGAGGUGACGAUUUCUUCCCACCACAACACGUUAUCCAGUACCCCAGUAAAUCUUCCUGGAAAAAUCAGUAAAACUCAGAACUUGACUUCUAAGGAAAAGGAAAGCAUGGAAAACACUGGGAGGUUCUUUCUGUGUCUUUUAAUAGAAGCAACAGCACUAAAGGACAGGCCCCAUUUUUUUCAGGUAUUUUACAAGGUAUACAGGGGGAAAUCUGUUUUGUAUUCCUCACUACUUCCAGUAAGAGCUUGGACACCUGUACAAUCUGCUGGCUCUCUAGAGAAAAUAAAAGUGAGACUUUACAUUUCUAAGGUAAAGUGAACAGAGAACUACCUCCCAUCUCACCCUUUCUCUGACUCUAACCCUUGGAGUAAAGGUGCAUUACAUGUCAAAAUAAAGGGUGGAAAAAUCCAUUAGGAAGCUCACCUUGAAAUCCUCUUUAAGGAAGAAAAGAUUAAAAUUAUGGGGGGGAAGGAGUUGUAUGUUAUGGCUGAGUUGUUGAGGUACCAGUACUAACAAAACUUCCUAGUGCUCGAUAUGAGCAGUUGGAUUUUAGUACAGUUAUGGUGAAUCAAAUAAGUUGCCUAAAACAAAACAUGUACAGUUUUGACAGCUUAAAAAAAAACACUGCCACAUUUUGCCUUUGUAUUUUGUACAGUUUUAUACUUUUGAUAUUGUAAUAAAUACUAAAACCACUUAG